AACGCUCGACGCGUUCAGCGUUUUAAUAUUUAAUUCUCGUCGCUCGCGAACGGUCGAUUAAUUCAACAGCGAUUCACACGUUGAGCGUUCAGCACUCGGGCUCAGUCAACGCGCGCGUCUCCUUUUUUUUAAGUGAAUAGACAACAGCAAAAAUACAGCAGAAAUUAUUUGAAUAGUUUUUUUUUUUUUAAUGUUCAUUGCUCUGUGAAUUGUGACGAGCCUCAAGGAUACACACAGCUCCAGCCUAAUCAGUUAAAGUCAAUCACAAUGCUUAGCUCAAGUGCGCCGCUCUCUUGGCUCUGCGCCUGCGCUGCCGCGCUGCUGCUGCUGCGGCUACGGCUGCUGCCUGAAACCGCGGCGCGCAGCUACAGCAACGGCCUGAUCUUCUACGAGCUGGCCACGCACACGCCGUACCUGCCGCCCACGGUGAGCGUGUCGCGCGGCCGCAAUCUGGCCAGCGUCAAGUACUCGGAGAAGGGCUCCAUCUGGUCGACGUUUGGCCAGCCCUGCGAGUGCCUCGGCCCGCGCUGCGGCUGCUGCGCCGGCCUCAAGGUGGAUCAGUACAGGUUCGAUCAGAAGGUUUGCGCCAACGUCACGUUCGUGCCGCACCUGGAGGAGGCGCAGCUGGCGGUGUUCCUCAACGAGCGGCCCUCGUCCAAGUAUGGGAUAUCGUUGCGCAAUCCGUCGCCCUUCUGCAUACCCGUGAUGAUGGGCGUGCCGAUGGCCAUGUGCGUCCAGAUGACCGACAUAGCCAUGGUGGGCAACAACCUGAACAUGUGCAUGGACUUCGUGGUGCGCCUGGCCACCACCGAUCUCUUCGAGAUGCACUUCCAGUGCAUGCGCAUGGGCCUCGAUGGCGUCCAGUACGUGGACAAGAAUGGCAAUCCCGUGCUGCCGAGCACAAGCAGCAUGGAGGCGGAGAAUGAACAAGAAGAUGCGGCCGAGGAUGACAGUGCGAAGGAUGUGCAGGACUAUGACUAUGCCGACCGGGAUGACCAGAAAUACGCACAGCCCAGCGCAGAGCUCGAGGCCGAAACGGAGCCCGAGCCGUUGCCAAUCGAAAGUGAAAUGCUCAUGGCUGGGGAUCAAGAGCUGGCAGUGUCAUCGACUUACAAUGACGGCGAUGUUGACGCUGACGCUGACGCUGACGGUGAAGGUGAAGGUGACAGUGAAGUUGAUGGCGUUGGUAAUGGUGAUGGCGAAGGCGACGGCGACGGCGACGAUGACGUUGCGGAGCAGGAGACGGUGCCAAAGAAGGAGGGAGAGAAGGAGGCGGAGGAGGAGACGGCGGCGCCAGCACAGCUCGACGUUGACAAUGCUGGCGAGAGCGACCUAAAGCAAAACGAAGUAAUUGAAACAAUUACAAAUUCAAUAACAGCCAACGAGGCGCCAGCUGCAACAUCAACGACAACAACAACAACAACAACAACAACAACAGCUACAGCUACAGCAGUAACAGCAGCAUCAUCAACAACAGCAGCAGCAGCUACUGAAGCUGAGCAGGAGUCUGAGGAGGAUGCGACAACGACAGUAGCUGAAGUUGCCAAUGACCGUGACAAUGAAGUGAAUGUGGAUGAUGACGAUGAUAAAGAAGAAGAAGAAGAAGACGAAGGAGAGGAAGAAGAAGAAGAAGCAGUCAAUGCAGAUGCGGAUAAAGCUGACAACGAGUUGGAGCCUACGACAGAGGCAGCAGCUGAGGAAGACACCGAGACAAGCGAGACUGAGGCAGAGACUGAGGGCUCAACGGCGGCACAGCAGGCAGCUGAUGUUGAUCAAGGCAAUGAUAAUGAUGAUGAUGAUGAUGAUGAUGAUGAUGGUGGUGAUGAUGACAACGAUGAUGAAGACGAUAAUGAUGAAGAUGAUGUGGACGAUGAGGGGUCAGUUGAGGCUAAAGACGCUGACGAGGCAAAGUUAAGCCAGGAGGCGUCAACUGCUAAUAGCAAUGAAAGCGCAGCAGCAACAACAACAUCAACAACAACGGCAACAACAAUGAGCCAAGCCGCGAAGCUGUUGAUGGGAAUGUAAAUGGAACUGAGGUUAAACAGCAGCUGCAGCCACAGCAGCAGCCGCGACGACUGCAACGCUUGCGCUUGCGACAGCGCAGCGGGAUUUAAUUGCUGCAACAGCUGAUUGUUAAUUUAUUUAUUAUGAUUAUUGUUAAUGAAUUGUUAAUGUUAAACGCUUGUUAAAUUAUACAUAUUUAUUGCUAUUGUAGAAAAAAAAGUCAAACAAAUAAAAGAGUAAGCGAAAGAAA